CUGAGUGACGCAAUUGGAGAAAAUUUCAGCACUUUGAUGUCAGUAGUCGAAAGUGUUGAAGAUUCUAUUGACGGCAAUAGCACUGAGAUUAUAGAUAAGCUUGGAAGUUAUAAGAGACACUUUGACAAACGUUUUGAUUCCGUUGAUACUGAGUUGAGCUCAUUGAGAACAUAUAUGGAUAGAAACUUUACUGAGUUGAAAACUGACAUUGGCGAAAACUUUAGUAUGGUAUAUGGAGACCUUUCAGAGUUGAGUAAUUAUUUAGAUGAAAAUGUGACAGAGUUGAUGUCUACAUUAAUGUCAUACAAAGGAGAUCUUGAAAAGAAGAUUGAUACGAAGUUUGAUGAUGUUGAAGAUGAGCUAUCAUCUUUAAGUUCGUACAUGAACAGCAACUUUAGUGACUUGAAGAGCGAAGUUGGCGAGAACUUUAGUAGUGUAUAUGAAGAUUAUUCAGAUUUGAUGACGAAGUUGAAGAGUUACAAGACCAUGAUUGGUGAAAACUUUAGUAUGGUUUAUGAUAGUAUUGAUGAGAUUAGUGACUAUUUAGAAACCAACUUUAGUACAUUGAAGAGUGACCUACAGUCUUACAACGAAGAAUUGUAUACCAACUUUAGUAUGGUAUAUGGAGACCUUUCAGAGUUGAGUAAUUAUUUAGAUGAAAAUGUGACAGAGUUGAUGUCUACAUUAAUGUCAUACAAAGGAGAUCUUGAAAAGAAGAUUGAUACGAAGUUUGAUGAUGUUGAAGAUGAGCUAUCAUCUUUAAGUUCGUACAUGAACAGCAACUUUAGUGACUUGAAGAGCGAAGUUGGCGAGAACUUUAGUAGUGUAUAUGAAGAUUAUUCAGAUUUGAUGACGAAGUUGAAGAGUUACAAGACCAUGAUUGGUGAAAACUUUAGUAUGGUUUAUGAUAGUAUUGAUGAGAUUAUCUUACAACAAAUGACAUUGGAGAACAACUUUAGUAUGGUAUAUGGAGACCUUUCAGAGUUGAGUAAUUAUUUAGAUGAAAAUGUGACAGAGUUGAUGUCUACAUUAAUGUCAUACAAAGGAGAUCUUGAAAAGAAGAUUGAUACGAAGUUUGAUGAUGUUGAAGAUGAGCUAUCAUCUUUAAGUUCGUACAUGAACAGCAACUUUAGUGACUUGAAGAGCGAAGUUGGCGAGAACUUUAGUAGUGUAUAUGAAGAUUAUUCAGAUUUGAUGACGAAGUUGAAGAGUUACAAGACCAUGAUUGGUGAAAACUUUAGUAUGGUCUUUAAUGAUAUUAUGGAUAGUUAUGAAAAACUAAACGAAGGCAUUGCGGAUGUCGACAAGAAAUUAGAUUCUUUUGAUUAUGAAGUCAGGAAAAAUUUCAGUCGUGUUUUUGCAGAUAUUGAUACCAAUUUCACCAAGCUUCUUAGGGACAUUGGCGAUAAAGCUGAACAGUUGAAUGAUACUUUUCUGUACCUAGAUGAUGCGUUGAAUACAACGCUUGUGACGGAUUUCAAGAAGACUUUUGAAGAUUUAAAGGAAGUAGUCAAUAUGAAAAAUGUUUCUGUGAUUGUAGAAGAAAUGAUGAAGGAGAAGUUGAACGUAAACUUGAACGUAACUGUUGAGCAGCCAGUUUCGCAAGCUCCUGAGCCCUAUCGAGUAGGAUAUGCGUAUCCACCUCCUUCUUGUGGUUGGGCACCUCCUGCAGGUGCGAUGUAUCCACCUCCACAACAAUAUGUACCUCAGUAUGCCAUGAAGUCUCAAUGAGCGUUUGAUAAUGUCAUUUUUAGUAAUCAUCUUUGAAUAAAAGUUUUGAUUUGGAA